AUGGAGCUGGAAUCAGGAACAGGCGGCUCGACAGCUGCCUUACAAGGAGACAUUGCCAUCCUACGCCAGGAGUUGCUGAGCAUGGAGGCGAAACGCGAUGCCUUACUUCGACAGAUCGAACAGGAGGAGCAAGGUAUCACAGAUGAUAACAACACUCCCAUACCAUCACCGGUAGACACAGUCGCAGAUGACCUGGAACAAAAACGACUGCAGGAUAUCCUCAUGGCCUACCGGUUAACAGGAGUCACCCUUUUCAACGGAGACGAGUUUGAUCACCAGGAUUGGUCUCAGUACGAUGUCGGCGAUAUCCUUGAAGGACCCAAGGACGCCGGCAUUCGCUUUGACACCUUUGCCCUCGGUACCUUUUGCUUUUGCAGAUACUACGAGCCGUACUACAUUAUGCUCCGCACGACACCAAUAGGCUCAAGGAACAAUCCUCAGAAUCUUGAUGAGGAUGAGGACCCUCAACUCGACACCAAGAAGACGUUUGAGAUUGCAAAACACACUAUACCCCACUGGAUCCCUCUCAGCGAACUGGAAAAGCGCUACCUCAACCGCGACAUGAGCACGUUUACACGGAGUGUGGCAGACUACCUACAGGCAUUUGUGACAAGGAGAGAAAAUAUAAAUGAGAUCAUCAACACUUUUAGUCUGGACAAGUCCCUCAUCCAAGCAGCAACAACAGCAUCAGAGGCGGCAGCGGUAGCAGCAGCAGCAGCAGCGGAGGAGGAAGGCGCAACAAUACCAGCCCAAGAACAAGAUGCCAUCUCCAUCCCAGAGAUCACCUGCAAAACUAAAGACGCCGCCAUCCGGGAUAUCGUCUUGAGUUGUUUCCGAUACGACACUCUAUUCACACUUUACCACCGCCGUCAAUCCAGGGACGCAAAAAAGAAGGACGCCGAGAAUCAGAAGCAGAAACCUGCACCCGCCACAUCUACAUCUACGUUUUCCUCGAACUUUGGCGACAAUACCAAACUGCUGGAUGACGAUGACCUGGCCAUGGAUCUUGACAAGGAACCUGAGGAGGAGCUUGAUCGCAAGGCGGAUCUGGAACUUUUGAAGUCUCAGACAGGCGCAGACGUGUUGUCGGUUCAGAUUCAUCUCAUCUACGAGGACUCGCACUCGACAACACCCACGAGGGCGGACGUUCAGUUCUCAAAGGCAUAA